AUGCUACGCACGAUAAGUACCAUAUUAAGCAAAGUCAAUAACACAAUUACAAAUUCGAAGAAGACAUUAAUACAACGGUACACAGAGGAUCUAUCCCACAUAACUUCUCAAAUUCAUGCUUUGGAAAGUAGUUUACAAAGGAGACAAGCUGUAUUGGAUCAUUUUCAAUCACAAUUGACUUUCUACGGGUUGAGUGCAAUCGUUUGUCUUGCAUCGGCAGCGUAUUACUAUUCUUCUUCUUAUUCUGAGAAUGAGGGGAAUACUGAAUGGGUGUGGAUAACUGUGUUAGUUUUGGGAGUUAUAUUGUUAGGGUUUCUUAAAUGGGUAAGUUAUAAAUUGGAAGGAUGGUAUAAGGAGAGACAAGAUAAGAAAUUAAGUAAAUUACGAGCUACACAUUCUAAGAAGUUGGAGAGUUUGAAAAGAGAGACACAAUUCCAUGAGACAAAUUCGAUUAUACAACGGUUUUCUAGUGGUAGUAAUCAAGAUGAUGAUGCGAUGGUCUUGAUGGAUGAACAAUUAAGUGCAAAAUAUGAUGAAUUCAAUCAAUUGAAGAAUGAAUUGAAUAAAUUACAAAAGGAUAAUGAAUUUGUUAAUAAUAAAGAGAAAAGUGAUGUUUGGUUUGAUAAAGUUAUCGGUAUCCUUGCUGGUGGUAACGAUUUAAAUAAUACAAUUAGGCCAAUUGUUUGUUCUAAUUGUAAAAGACAUACUGGUGCUUACAGGUUGUUAAACAAACCAUUACAAUAUGUGUGUCCAGUAUGCGGUUGUAAACUUGAUGAGACGAUCAAGAACCAACACGAGGAAAGAGAACCAAGUGCAGUUGAUACAAUUGACACUAAAGAUACAAAUGAUAGUAAUAAGAAGACAAAAAAGUCUAAAAAGAAAAAUGGGUCAUUAAAAAAGGUAUAG